AUGGCACAAAGUUCCAACCUCAGUUUUCCUGUCAGAAAUGUUAUCUUCCGUGCAGAUAACAGCCUUUACGAAGAGCUAAAUCCCGAUGUCAGUGCGUCACUUGGCGCGUUCAAAACAUCAAAUCCCCAUGACGGUCGGUUCCAACGACCAAAUAUCCAUGUUUCUUCGACUAAAUCCAAGUUCAAGAAGACUGUGGAGUUAAUUCUCUGCGUUCAUGGUUGGGAGAAUCCCGACAAAAAAGAACCCAUGACUCUGAUUGUCUUGGGGGUAAAUCUGUCCUGCCAUGAUCUCAACUCUCGUUUUCAGUCAGUGACAAUUAAGCUUAAAUUCGACGAAGAUGACACAUCCCAUCCAGCCAACACCGCCAAGGCGAAUCCUCAAGUGGUCGCCUAUGCCCCUUUCGUGCAGCAGAAACGCUGGAACCAUACAACUGCUACUGUCACAGAGAAUAGGGAGUCUGGAGGGGAUCUAGGCGUCGACAAAUAUGUUCAAGCAAAAGUGAGCGCGAAUAAUAGCUCUGAGUUCUCGUACGUUCGCGAGUACUUCGACAGAGGAUCGGCACAUCCUAUUUAUGACAAGCAAACCAGGCGACUACGCGGUGUCGAGUGGUAUUGCGAGCAGAAUGAGCAGCAAGAAUACGGGGUUAUGCCCAACUUCCACUUGGCAGUUCUCCUCAAGCGUUCGCACGAUGAGGAUAGAGCCAUCCCAUUCAAAGCCAAAUUUGAAAUGCGGACGGAAGCAGGUUCCAGGUAUGACUUUGAGCAGGGCCUGCGCCGUGUUUUUCGGGGUCUGAAGCCAGAGGACGAUCCCGUCUACUUUGAUCCCUCCAGGGAUCCUGAUGUAAACGGCGUUGCCGGAGUGGGGCAGAGGCUGUUUGAGAGCAUCCAAAUAGACAAUCUGGGAGCUUUGGCUGAGGGUCAAUUCCUGAGCAAGUUGGUCGAUUCUGCAGGGGGUUCGUUGGGUGGCCUUGAGCCAAUGGAGGCAUUGUAA